AUGAGAUCAAAUACUAUUCUACCAAGCGCCAGCGCCGUGCUGGUCUUGGCUUCACUCGUCAGCGCAAACCACAAACUACACGAACAUGUCCAUGCGCUUCACCAAAGGCAUCACCAGCAUGUUGCGAGAUCAGCACCCGAGAAUGCUGAGGUUGGCGUCGAGAUCAGGGCGCCAUCACCAGAAACUGCCGCGCCUGUAGCAGAGAAGCGUGAUGGUCAAUGCCAGUUUCCUUACGAUGCUGGUCUCGUGCCUGUCGCGCCAGGUGGCAUGAAUGCUGGCUGGGCCAUGAGUCCGGACGAGCCCUGCAAACCUAAUGGAUAUUGUCCGUAUGCCUGCCCACCUGGGCAGGUCAUGGCGCAGUGGGAUCCUUCCGCGACAUCAUAUUCGUAUCCGAAGUCGAUGAACGGAGGACUCUUCUGUGACGGGAACGGCCAAAUAUCGAAACCCUUCCCAGAUAAGCCCUACUGUGUCCCAACACAAUCCAACAUUGGCGCCGUCAAUGAAGCUGGCGGCGUAGUAUCCUUCUGCCAAACCGUUCUUCCCGGCAACGAAGCUAUGCUGAUUCCAACCGAGAUCCAACCCGGUAGCAGCGCGAGUCUUGCGAACCCUGACACCAGCUAUUGGUGCAAGACAGCCGCCCACUACUACAUCAAUCCUCCUGGAAUGCCUGCUUCAGAAGCAUGCGUAUGGGGAAGCAACGCCAAGGACUGCGGCAACUGGGCGCCAUACGUCGCUGGCGCCAAUGUUGUUGACAAUGGCGAGACCUUCAUCAAGCUCGGUUGGAACCCAAUCUACCUCGAGCCAACGACACCCUUCCGCAAUACCAUGCCGGACUGGGGCGUUCGAGUUGAGUGCCCUGACGGCAAGUGCAAUGGCUUGCCCUGCGAGAUCAGCCCGAGCGACAAUUGGGUCAACCAGAUGAAGGGCUCCAAGGCCACCGUUGGCGCUGGCGGAGGCGCGUUUUGCGUCGUCACUGUUCCGAAAGGAUCCACAGCGAACUUCGUCGUCUAUGGCGGCUCAGCUAGCGGCGGCGGCCCUGCUCAUGGUGGACCCGGUGGCCCCGGCGGACCUCCCUUCGGAGGUCAGAAUAGCUGGAGCGAUGCAGCGAUGAGCAGUACCACUUCGGCCGCAUCAAGCACCACGACUUCGGCCUGGAGUUCGAGCACGACCACAUGGGCUGCUGGCAACUCAACGACAACCUCCUACGGUCCUCACCCGUCAGAUAAGCCCCACGACAACCUCUUUGGGCCAGCAUCAUCGUCGAAAGCGCCCAUUACGCUGGCUUCGCCCACGGAGAAGCCGGGCUACACCGCUGCUGUUCCUACCAUCAAGCCAGCGGCCACUGGGGCGGCCUCCAGGCAGCAGUGGUCGGUAGCUGGUCUUGUGGUUGCAAUGUUGGCUGCCGUUGUCCUGCUUUGA